AUGGAGAUGAGAGUUUUUCUAUCGGUGGGUAUCAUUGCAAGUCUUAUCUCUGCAGCUUCAGCUAUAACGGGAAGCGCCACAUUUUACACUAAAUAUGUUCCGUCUGCAUGCUAUGGCAACCAGGGCCAAGGUGUCAUGAUAGCAGCAGCUAGUGACGCCUUUUGGAAUGGUGGUGCUGCAUGCGGGAAAUUUUACACUGUUAGGUGCACAGGAGACCAUAACGGCGUACCACAACCUUGCACGGGUGCUAGUGUUACGGUGAAGAUCGUCGAUCACUGUCCGGGAUGCUCAUCUCAAUUGGACCUCUCUAGAGAAGCCUUUGCCAAGAUAGCUAAUCCUGUGGCUGGAAUAAUCGACAUUGAGUACAACCAGUAA